AUGUCUGAAGUUAUAACAGUAGUCAAAAGAAGAGGUGACUUUCAAAAAUUUGGUGGCGAAAGUCUUGUGGAGGAAGAUGAAGAAGGCGACGUUUAUAUGUCAGAUAACGAGGAUGGAACUUACGCAAAUAGGCCUCAGGAGAAAAGUGUAGCCAACUCUGGAAUGCAGAUCGUGACUCCUGGUGAGCUGGUAACAGAUGAUCCAAUCUGGAUGAGGGGUCAUGGCACAUAUUUUCUCGAUAAUAUGACCUAUUCGUCUGUAGCUGGUACGGUAUCAAAAGUAAACAGGUUACUGUCAGUAAUACCUUUGAAAAGUCGUUAUUCCCCGGAAACUGGUGACCAUGUUGUUGGAAGAGUUGCCGAAGUAGGAAAUAAGAGAUGGAAAGUCGAUAUUGGAGGUAAGCAACAUGCUGUUCUUAUGCUGGGCUCUGUUAAUCUACCAGGUGGUAUACUGAGAAGAAAAUCUGAGAGUGAUGAACUUCAGAUGAGAAGCUUUUUGAAGGAGGGUGAUCUGUUGAAUGCUGAAGUCCAAUCUUUGUUUCAAGACGGAAGUGCUUCCCUACACACAAGAUCUUUAAAAUAUGGGAAGUUAAGGGACGGCCAAUUUUGCGAAGUGCCAAGCUCUUUGAUUGUAAGAUCUAAAAAUCAAACUCAUAACCUACCUGGUAAUGUAACAGUUGUUCUUGGCGUCAACGGAUUUAUCUGGCUCAGGAAAACAUCAAAAAUGGAUUCCGCUAGGGAUGCACCCUCAAUUGGUAACGCUAGUGCGGCUGCAAAGAGCGGUCCUACAGGUGCCAUUUCUCUUAGGUCUGCAGAUGACAUUUCAAUCACCCGAUUGGAGGAAGAGUCGUCUUGGCAAAUAUAUUCUGAUGAAAAUGAUCCUUCAAUAUCCAACGGCAUCAAGAAAACGAUAUGUCGUUAUUCCAAUGUCAUCAAAGCUUUGGCGUUUUGCGAAAUAGGCAUAACUCAAGAGCGCAUAGUCAAUGCAUAUGAGGCCAGCAUGGUGUAUUCAAAUGUUGGGUCAUUGAUCGAAAGAGAUACAAUGGAAGCAAUUGGGCAUGAUGUCUUGAAUGGAGAAAAAAUGAGAGGCUUAGGAAAUUAA